UGGUGACGCGAUUCUGUCCGCGUUGGAGGGGCCGGGCCGCUGCCGGAGUCACCAAGGCUGCCGCGUGACGUGGCACAGCCGAACCCUUAACACAAGAGCCGGAGCUGCCGCGCCAGUCGUCGAGCAGGUCCGCGCCCCGCUAAUUCCUGUACCGGAGCUUCGUCCGACACUCCGGGUAGCGAGCCGUUCCUGCCGCCCUCUUCCUCAGCCUAUUCCUUCUCGCUCAAUUUGCCGGGAGCGUGAAAGGAAGAGGCCGGGGGAAGCUCCAAACCUCUUCUGCUCCUGCCCAUCGCAAGUGCCACUACCGCCAUGGGCCUCACCAUCUCAUCCCUGUUCUCCCGCCUCUUCGGCAAGAAGCAGAUGCGCAUUUUGAUGGUUGGAUUGGAUGCUGCUGGCAAGACGACCAUUCUGUAUAAACUGAAGUUAGGGGAGAUAGUCACCACCAUUCCUACCAUUGGUUUUAAUGUGGAAACAGUAGAAUAUAAGAACAUUUGUUUUACAGUAUGGGAUGUUGGUGGUCAAGAUAAAAUAAGGCCUCUCUGGAGGCAUUACUUCCAGAAUACCCAGGGUCUUAUUUUCGUGGUAGAUAGCAAUGAUCGCGAAAGAAUUCAGGAAGGAGCCGAAGAGCUGCAAAAAAUGCUUCAGGAAGAUGAGUUGCAAGAUGCGGUAUUGCUGCUUUUUGCAAACAAACAGGAUUUGCCAAAUGCUAUGGCCAUCAGUGAAAUGACGGAUAAAUUAGGUCUUCAGUCCCUUCGUAACAGAACAUGGUAUGUUCAAGCCACUUGUGCUACACAAGGAACUGGUCUGUAUGAGGGACUUGACUGGCUGUCAAAUGAGCUUUCAAAACGUUAAAUGAAACUGGAUGUCUAACCAAGGACGUGUUUGAUAGAAUUGGCCUAGGCUUGUUACAAGAAAAUUAGUUUGCAUCUUGGUUAUUAAACAGUAUCUGGGACUGGUUUGGGCAGAAUAUUACAGCGUUUAAACUUACUUUGUUGCCAAUUAUUGUUUACCAAGUAUAAUGUUGCACUUUAGCAAUAUGCUUGGUUUUAAAGAAAUUCUCCUUAACUUGGAAAAAAAAAAGUGUCCUCUUUUAAUUUUACUUCCUUUACACCUAAAUGCCUGGACUUAGCUAUUGUGACACCUUUAAAUCGUUUUGAAUGUUUUUUUUUGAGCCCACAACAAAUAAUGUUUUUAAGUUAUCCCCUUGCUACUUUACUGAUACCUUUAUCAUUCCUGGGACAGUCUCCUGAUUAAAAAAUAAAAAAGAAUGUAGCAUUCCAUUUGUAUUUAUUUUUCUCCCUUGCUAAAAAGAUUUUCUUAUACUACUUGUACCAGCCAGGGCAAUGAGCCAAAACACUAUUGAGAUCUCUCGCACUGAGGAACUUAGUAUUUUUUUCCCCAUUAUUGACUCCUGGCUUCUAUCAGCCAAGCUUACCUUGGUGUGGUUUGGAUUUGAUAGCUAAUCAGUUCUGUGCUGGUAGCGAAGAGUUCAUAUUGAGAUGAUUUUUAAUAUCCAGCAGAUUGUCUUUCUUUAUAAUGUAUCUUUUUUAUGUUGCAUGUUGCUUUUGGAAUCAGCCUGACUCUUUGCCCAAUAUAUGAUAGUUCUGCUGAUAUUUUAUUGUUUAUUGGUGAACAUAUCUUCAUUAAGAGUUUUUGGAAAACACAUCAAACUCAAAUAAGUUUUCUUCAUAGCCCAUUUGGAAUUAUUCCUAAUAAAAUGAUAAAAUGUGUAAUUGUGUGUGUUCUUUUUGAGUCUUAAAGAUGUUUGAAAUGGAUUUUCUUAUUUAGCAAAGUUGAUUUAUAUAUUUUACAUACUGUGAACAAUAAUACAGAUCCCAGUGAAUUUAUUAAUUGUUUAAAUUGGAAAUAAAAUAUGGGUUGCUAUUGUGUGUAUAACAAGGUGGGGAAGCAACUUAAAAAAUUAGUUUUAUUUGAUAAAAACUUUGACACUGUACAUUUCUAAACUCAAAUCAAGAGUAAAAUGCUGUAAUAAAAUGAACUGCUCAAAAAA